CGCGCAUGCGGAAGACCCGUGACGUCACUUACCAGCUGAUCAGCGUUCUAUAUAUAGUAAAGAACAACGUGGAAAAGUGAAACCAAAACAUGAGAUUGAAACAGGCUAAACCUACCUUCCUCAGACAUGAUAAAAAGUACAGGUUGUACAGUCCCACGGCUUUGACAAAUGCAUACAUAUCAGUAAAGAAUAAUGAAAUGUCACAAAGAAAAGCAGCUCUUCAAUUUAAUGUCCCAAGGCAAACUCUUCGUGAUAGAAUCACUGGCAAAAUAAGUCCAGAUUGUGUCACCACUGGAAGGGCACCUGUCUUUUCGCUUGAAGAGGAGGCACGCAUUGUGGAACAUGUAAAGUCUAUGGCUUCGUAUGGAUAUGGGUACACUAGACAAGAAGUUACAGAUCUAGCUACUGAUUUUGCCCACACAAUCAAAAUAAAACCAAGGAGUGAAGAAUUUACCUUGAGAUGGUUUGAGGGUUUCAUAAAAAGAUGGCCAGAACUUAGAGUUGUUAAACCUAGAAGUUUGGAGAUUCUUCGUGCAAAAUGUGGUUCUGUUGCUAAUGUUGAAAAAUACUUUGCAAGCUUAACGGAAGUCGUCCUAAAAUACAAUCUUCAAGAUAAACCACAUCUCAUAUUUAAUGUUGAUGAGAAGGGUAUAACACUGAAUCACAAACCACCUAAUGUUGUAUCUGGAAUUGAAUGUACCACAUCAUCAGUAACAUCUGGAAGGGGUAGUACUACCACCAUACUUGGAUGUGGCAGUGCCUCAGGAUUUGCUGUUCCUCCAUAUUUUGUAUUUGAAGGGAAAAGAUUGAAUAAUGAAUUAAUGAAAGGUGCAACACCUGGUGCUGUUGGUGCAGUAUCAGACUCAGGAUGGUCCAAUACCAACAUAUUCAGACAAUAUUUAACAGAUCAUUUUCUUAAAUACAUACCUGGUAGAAACAAUGACAACGUACUUCUUCUCCUCGACGGACAUAAAUCACAUGUAGCAGUUGAUAUAAUUGAAUGGGCACAGGAACAUCACAUCAUCAUUCACGUCUUACCAGCUCAUACCUCACAUAUUUUACAACCUUUGGAUGUUGGAUGUUAUGGGCCGUUGCAGCGUAUUUACGAUAAUGAAUGUCACAAAACCAUACGUAAAAACUCCUCAGUAAUAACUAAAUAUAAUAUAUGUGAACUAGCCUGCAAAGCAUACCAGAAAGCACUGUGCCCAGAAAACCUUCAGUCAGCAUUUAGAAAGACUGGAAUAUACCCCUUGGAUAAGACUGUCAUCAACCAAGAUCAACUGAAACCAUCAGAGGUAUUUACAAGAAAUGAGGAAUGUAAAGAAACUACAGAAACUACAGAUGAACCAAAAACAGAUGAGAUCCAAAUGCAAGAAGUCGAAUUAGUCGAAGUUGAUAUGAAUAGAGAAGUAACAGAAGCUGUUGAAAGUGCUGUGACUGUGACUGUGACUGAUGUUGUUGAAGAUAUGCAAGACCAUGAUACUGAUGUACCACACUUCUUUGCGGAAUGA